AUGACGACGAAUGCGGCAAUCAUCGAAUACUUCUGUGGAAGGUCCAGAAUGAUAUCUUUAUAUUGGCAAAACCUCCAACCACUCUACGCGGACUUUGACCCUUAUCUCCAAUCGGCUGCAAUCCGCUCGCUGGAGGUCGCGCCUCCCACAACUACUCUAUGGGAGUGUCCACGUCGUCGCCUGCUGCUUAGCCGCUUUGGCGUUUUCGACGCUGUUGGCAGGACAUGGAAGGACAAGCUGCGAUUCCAAAUGCGGUCAGCAUCAUCACAGAUGUGUAGACAUCUAUAUAUGUCGAAGCAAAGAAGUCUACAGACAAGAGCUGCAGUGCUGGGAGAAUCUGACGUCAAAGUUGUCGAAGUGUCACCAUAA